UUGGUUUGCUGGCAGCAAGGAAGGAGUUGGCUGACGGAACGCCUCCUCCCCUCCCCUUUAAGCCACUCUCUAGUCUGGCAAGCCGUUCUUCACAGUGCAAUUGAAAGUGUUGGCAGCAUGGAUGUGGAGGGAGCCAAGCUGGGCUGUGAGGCGUCCUUCUCCAGCGAGCAGCAGCGAGAGUCCAUGCUGCACGCCGACGCGGAGCCGCCAGCGAAGAGCCGCCGGCACAGCCGCCGGUGCCGAGUGCUCAUUGCAGUGCUCUUGGCAUUGCUGCUAAUUUUACUCCUUGGAUUAGGCCUUGGACUUGGCCUGCGAUCAUGUCGUUUUAAACCAGCUGACUCCUGGACGUGUAGUCAGUCUCGCUGUGGAGAGAAGCGCUUCAGAGAAAGUCGCUGUUCGUGUUCUGAUGACUGCAUCCAGAAGAAGGAUUGUUGCACUGACUACAAAAGUACUUGUAAAGGUGAGAAAAGCUGGCUUCAGGAAGAUUGUGAAGAUGUUGCCACACCCCACUGUCCAGCAGGGUUUACUCGGCCUCCUGUCAUCUUGUUUUCACUGGACGGAUUUCGAGCUGACUAUUUUCAGAAGUGGAAGAGUCAUGUACCUGUUUUGAACAAACUGCGAACUUGUGGUGUGCACACCCCAUACCUGAUACCAGUCUAUCCAACCAAAACCUUUCCAAACCACUAUUCAAUUAUCACAGGGCUGUACCCGGAAUCUCAUGGUGUGAUUGACAAUAGCAUGUAUGAUGUGGACAUGAAUGCUUUAUACAACAUUCGAGAAGAGGAAAAGAACAACCCCCUAUGGUACAAAGGUCAACCUUUGUGGCUGACAGCGAUGUAUCAGGGUCUGAAGACAGGAACCUUCUUCUGGGUUGGAUCAGAAUCCAAGAUAAAUGGAUCAUAUCCUAAUAUGUAUAAAUUAUUUGACAGCUCCAUUCAAUUUGAAGAAAGAGUUUUCACAAUUCUUAAAUGGCUGGAUUUGCCAAGGGAAGACAGGCCUGAUUUCUAUGCGCUCUAUUUGGAGGAACCAGACGAUUCAGGACAUAAAGGUGGACCUAAUAGCAAGAAACUGGCAAAUGCACUAGAGAGAGUGGACACAAUGGUGGGAAUGCUGAUGGAUGGGCUGAAACAAAGAAACCUGCUGCAGUGUGUCAACCUUAUUGUGAUUUCUGACCAUGGAAUGGAAGAAGUAGACUGUUCUAAGAUUGCAUAUAUGGAGAGUUACUUGGACAAUGUAGAGGACAUUUAUAUAAGGUCUGGCCCAGCACCUCGGUUAAGGAGCAAAACUGUUCCUGAGAAUUAUUUCAAAUUUGAUUCAGAAGGUGUUGUGAAAAAGCUGGCUUGCAGAUCAUCAGAUCAGCACUUCAUACCCUACCUGAAGCAUCACUUGCCAAAGCGUUUGCACUACGCCAGCAGCAGAAGAAUCGAAGAUGUUAACUUGUAUAUGGACCCACAGUGGCAGGCUGGUCUGAAACCUCCAUUUAAAUAUUGCACGGGUGGAUUUCAUGGUUCUGAUAACCAGUACAAGAAUAUGCAGACUAUUUUUGUUGGCCAUGGACCUGGAUUUAAGACCAGGACUGAAGUUCAACCCUUUUCAAAUAUUGAAGUCUAUAAUCUGAUGUGUGAUUUGUUGAACAUCACUCCUGCACCCAACAAUGGAACUCAUGGAAGUUUAAAUCAUCUUUUAAAGAAACCUGUAUACACCCCGACCCACUUAAAGGAAGCAUCUUCAGCAUCUUCAUGCUUUUCAUCUGAUUUAAUACCAACUGUUAAUCCACAAAUGAAAUGUACAUGCAGUUCUCUGGCAUCACUGCCAGAAAGUGCAUGUAAGGAAUUGCGUCUCUCCUUGGCGGAAGCUCAAGUUGCAGAUUCUAAGCAUUUGCCCUAUGGACGACCAAGAGUUGUGCAGGAAAACUGUAAAUGGUGCCUCCUGCGUCAACACUCGUAUGUAAGUGGAUACAGCCAAAACAUUCUAAUGCCGUCGUGGAGUGCAUACACAGUCCUCAAAACUGAAAGUCUAAUUUCUCCUCUGCCAAACAUUCCAAACUGUGUGCUUGUUGAUGUUCGAAUUCCUUUGACCACAAAUCAGAGUUUGUAUGCUAUCGGAGAGCAUAAUGAAACAUAUGGCUUCCUUUAUCCACCCAACUUGCUGUCCGACCAUUAUCAAUUUGAAGGUCUAUUUACCAGCAACCUUGUACCCAUGUACAAAGCCUUCCAAAAGAUAUGGAAUUACUUCCACAAUGUUUUGUUGGUGAAGUAUGCGCUACGAAGAAAUGGUAUCAAUGUGAUCAGUGGACCAGUGUUCGAUUUUGAUUUCAAUGGACAGUUUGAUACUCCCAAUAUCAUUGCAGAGAAUUCCAAGGAGACGCUCAUCCCAAUCCCAACUCACUACUACAUAGUACUUACCAGCUGCAAGAACAAAAUGGAAAGCCCUCUGCAGUGCAACAGCGCACUGGAAGUAUUGGCUUUUAUUCUGCCUCAUAGACCUGAUAACAGUGAAAGUUGUGCUGAUGGCAAGGAUGAAUCCCAAUGGGUUGAAGAACGAAUCUGGGCUCACAGAGCUCGAGUACGGGACGUGGAGCUGAUCACAGGACUUGAUUUUUAUCAGGAGAGAAAGCAGCCAGUCCCAGAGAUUUUACAGCUUAAAACAUAUCUACCAAAAAUUGAAGAUCAAAUAUGACUUUAAGUGCCUUGUCCAUAGUAUUAGUGUUUAACAUUGUUUAUGCAUAAAUGGAAUUCAGCAUGCAGUGCACUUUUAGACAGGCUUUUUAAAAUAGGUUUUGGUGGCACCCAAGGAUGUUAGAGUACAGAAAAGGCAAUGGAAGUGUAAUGCAGUGGAAUAAGUCACUACUUUUGUUACAUAUUCACUUGAUAUUUUUUUAAAGAUUUUUUUUUAAAUGGAGAUAUUAUUGCCUGUCAAGUCCUUUUCAAAGCACAAUUUUAUAGCAAGAAUGAGAUUAAAAUUCCAGUGGAAAAAUUGAAUUGAGAUUUACUAUGCAAGUUGAGAAUCAGCGCUGGCAUUUGGCUUGAAGAUUUAAACCUGUAUUUCUCACGCUAUUUGGAAGAUCUAAAUGAGCUGACAUAAAAUUGAAUGUAUUGUCUUAUGUAACUUGAUCUAUAAAGGGUAGAAUUUCAAUAUUUGCACUUUAAAAAAAAACAGUGUUACCCAACAUGGUUAUAAAUGCAAGUUUCAAAAUUACAGUAUUUGAUAUUAACACUGAGAUAUUAUGUUAUAUUUUCAUAUACAGCUUAGUUGAUAUUCAGUUGUUCAGCCAUCUUUAAUCAAAUCUGCAUCAGGAGAACAUUAAUGCUGCCCUUUCUUUCUGGAGAAUUGUGAACAGGAGUGGUCUUUGUGCCAAAGUGGGGUGGGAGAUAUAUUUGAGAGAAGAGUGCAGUGAACAUUCACCAGAUUGAUUCCAGGGAUGGAGAGUUGGAGGAGAUAACAAGCAUACUCAAAUCUACCUCUCUCAGUUUAGAAGAAUAAGAGAUGAUCUCAUUGAAACAUACAAAAUUCUUACAGGGGUAGGUGGGGUGUUGAUGUUUCCCCUGGCUGGGAUGAAUAGAACCGGGUUAUAUUCAAACACAGGGACCAAUAGAUUUUAAGGCUUGUGGGUUAAUCCAGGAAAGAGGUGCUGCAGUGAAAGAUCAGCCA